AGAAAAUACAACGAAGAACCAGAGCGACUCAAACGUCCUCCAAACGCAUACCUACUGUUCAAUCGCUUUAUGCGAUCCAAGUUACUCAAAGUCAAUCCCAACUUGUCAGUCGCAGAAAUCAGCAAGUCUGUUAGUGCACAGUGGAAGGAAUUAUCCGAGAAAGAACGCAAGCCAUAUAACCAAGAAGCAUCACGGCUCAAGCAGGAACAUAUGGAUAUGCAUCCUAAUUUUACAACACCCCAAUUGAAAGUCCGAGAUCCUCGCGGACGUAAAAAGAAGCGAUUGACGCAUCCCACUGCACCAAAGCACCCCAUGUCUGGUUUCUUGUUUUUUGCAGGCUCUGUGCGCCAAGAGAUUGCCCUUCAGCGACCGAGUGCUUCGGUAGGAGAUGUCAGUAAGAUCAUUGCUGGCAAGUGGAGAGAACUCACCGAUGCUGAGCGGAAUCCGUGGUGUCUUCGGGCAACGGAAGACAAGGGACGGUACGCCCGUGAAAUGCAAGAAUUCAUGGCG